CUCUCCGCGUGUGGGGAAAUCUUGGUGCAGACAAUUCAAUUCAAUUCAAUUCACAUUUUUGCCAAUUCACAACUCAAGUCGUCUGGAUCCAAGGCGCGUUGCUCCAUACGACGUAUUCUCUUCAGCUGCGCCAGUCUCAAGCAUGAAGAGCUUGAAACGAGGCCUUGCGGCCGAUCCGAAUGCCGUCAACAUCUCCAGCAAAGUGUUCAUCAGGUCCACCAAGAGCGGUCGGGUGCAGAAAGUGGUACGGGAACAGUAUUUGAGAAAGGACAUUCCUUGCUCCUCUCUGCUAUGCUCGUCGUGCGCCUCCACAGCCGCGGCUGAUGCCAACGGCGUUGUCCCCAAGUUCAUUCUGUCCAAGCGACCGGCCGGCACAAAAGCGUUCCCAAAUGGCCACUACCUCAUCCCAGACACAAACGUCCUCCUCAGUGGAAUGGAUCUUUUUGAAGAGACGGGCAAUUUUCAUGAUGUGAUCAUCCUGCAAACGGUUCUGGAAGAGCUGAAGAAUAGAAGUCUUCCCCUCUACAACCGACUGAUGGCCUUGACACGAAGCGAAGAGAAGCGCUUCUACCUCUUCUUCAACGAAUUUCGCUCCGAAACUGCGGUCCGACGCGCAGAUGGCGAAUCUAUUAACGACAGAAAUGACCGCAGUGUCAGAAAAGCAGCCGCAUGGUACACGAGCCAUUUGGCCAAAACGACAAAGAAGCCUCCUGUGAUUGUGGUUCUCACGAAUGACCAAGAAAACCGCAAUAAGGCCAAGAAGGAGGGCAUAAUCGCUUUGUCGCUCCGUGAGUACGUGGCUGGUCUGGACGAUGCCGAUCGCUUGCUCGACAUGGUCAGUCAAGGCGCCGAGGAACAUGAAGGCCGCACUUUGCAAGGAGAACUGUUCUACCCGGAGUACUAUUCCAUGUCCAGGAUGAUGACAGGAAUCAAGGCUGGGACAUUACAUCAGGGUGUAUUCAAUGUAUCGCCCUACAACUAUCUGGAGGGCACAGUCAAGGUUCCCGCUUUUGACAAGCCGCUGUUAGUUCUUGGUCGAGAGGCCAGCAAUCGAUCGAUAUCCGGAGAUGUUGUCGUCGUCGAAGUGCUGCCCAAGGACCAAUGGAAAGCGCCGUCGACCCAAAUCUUGGAUGAGGACACGCUCAACCAGAACGAUAACCCUGACAGUGAGGAACAAGAAGAGAGUGUUGUCACGGAGACUGAAAGACGUGCUCUUCAGGAAGAAGUUCGGCGCGCCCAUUCUGCUGGCGCCGAAAAUCGGGCACAGCCUACAUGUCGCGUGGUCGGAAUCAUGAAACGCAACUGGAGACAGCUCGUUGGCACGAUCGACCCCAUUUCCGGUACUUCUGGUGGCAAUCGCCAGACCACCGUCUUUCUGGUACCGAUGGACAAGCGCAUUCCCAAGAUUCGCAUUCAAACCCGUCAAGUGGCAGAACUCGUUGGUAAACGCAUUGUGGCAACCAUUGAUUCUUGGGAUCGUGAUACGAGAUACCCCGUUGGCCAUUACAUCCGAUCCCUGGGUGAACUGGAAACCAAGGAGGCUGAAACCGAAGCUCUUCUUCUCGAAUAUGACGUCCAGUAUCGACCCUUUCCAAAGACUGUGCUGGAUUGUCUCCCGUCCGAAGGUCACAAUUGGAAGGUCCCGACUGAGAGCUCCGAUCCAGGCUGGAAGGGACGGAAGGAUCUACGAAAUCUUCUGGUGUGCUCAAUCGAUCCUCCUGGGUGUCAGGACAUCGACGAUGCUCUCCAUGCUAGACCGCUUCCCAAUGGAAAUUUCGAGGUCGGCGUUCACAUUGCAGAUGUUUCACACUUUGUCAAGCCAAACAACGCCAUGGACGCCGAGGCUUCUUCGCGCGGGACCACGGUGUAUCUGGUAGACAAGCGAAUUGACAUGCUGCCACCGCUGCUCGGCACUGAUUUGUGCUCAUUGAAACCCUACGUUGAGCGGUAUGCCUUUUCAACUUUGUGGGAGAUCACGCCGGAUGCAGAUGUGGUUUCAGCCUCUUUCACAAAGUCAGUCAUUCUGUCGAGGGAGGGAUUCUCGUAUGAGCAGGCACAAAAGAGAAUCGAUGACCCAACAGCUACAGAUGAACUCACUCAGGGCAUGCGAACCUUGUUGUCACUCUCGCAGAAACUUCGUCAAAAGCGAAUGGAUGCCGGUGCAUUGAACCUGUCAAGUCCGGAAGUCAGAAUCGAAGCGGAUAGCGAAUCCUCAGACUCGUUGGCCGACGUCAAGACAAAGGCACAUCUCGCCACCAACUCUCUGGUGGAGGAAUUUAUGCUUCUCGCCAACAUCACCGUGGCGAAGAAGAUCCAAUCCGUGUUUCCGCAAACUGCACUUCUCCGACGUCACGCCACACCUCCGGCGUCGAAUUUUGCGGAUCUUAGUGAACAGCUGAAGCGGAUGCGUGGAUUCGAUUUGGACGUGUCGAGCUCCAAGGCGCUUGCAGAUUCCUUGGAUCGAUGUGUUGAUCCCAACCAUCCAUUUUUCAACACCCUGAUCCGGAUCAUGGCUACGCGAUGCAUGACCUCAGCAGAGUACUUCUGUAGUGGAUCUCAUGCUGAACCAGAAUACCGACAUUACGGGCUGGCCAGCGAAAUUUACACCCAUUUCACCAGUCCGAUCCGUCGGUACGCCGACUUGCUCGUCCACCGCCAACUAGCCUACGCCAUUGGAUACGAAGGUCAAGGAAGCGAGAUCGCCGACGAAAGCCUUCGUAACAAGGGCAAAUUGGAAAGAGUGUGUCAGAAUCUUAAUUUCAGACAUCGCAACGCGCAGCUGGCUGGCCGAGCAAGCAUUGAAUACUAUGUCGGACAGGCCUUGAAGGCUCGAGCGGAGAAGACGCCUGGAACAGCCAUUGAUGUCGAUGGCUAUGUCAUGCGGGUGUUCGAGAACGGCAUUGUGGUGUUUGUCCCCCAGUUUGGCAUUGAAGGUUUGGUCCGCCUAGAGGACUUCCAACUGAAGAACGACGAAGGCGCGAAAAGGGAGAGCACUUUUGAUGCGGACAAUUAUCGUCUCACCGUCUUUGAGAAGGGUCGUCAACAUCAUGGUGUCACGACUGAGCUGUUCCAGCAGUUGAAGGUCAGAGUAAGCUCCGAGGAAAAGGGCGGUGCCAGAGAAAAGGGAAAGAGAAGAGUGCGCAUUGUGGUCUUGUCUACUUAGAUAGCAAGCUUCAUUCAGCUACAUAGUAGUUAACGAGUAGAUGUUUCUUGAAUGGUGCACAUCGUGCUAGAGCUCUUGUCCUCUUCGUGGACGGGGGUUGUUGAGAGGUAGUAAUGGACAUAUCAUUCCAUGAUCCCA